GACCAAGAAUGGCAAAGAACCAGCAAAGCAAUCCGCUGAAGAGUCACAUGAAGACAUCGAAGAUGUGUUAGCAAGCCUAGACUCUUCAAGUUCAAAAUCCAAGAAAUGGUACGACCCUAUGGUGCCUAAUCGUAUCAAAUACGGCGUGGAGGACAACGUCAAAAAGUUGUAUGAGGGCCCACAGAAGUGUUCCUGCUGCAUCAAUUGGGUAGAAGAAUACCCAGACAAUUUGAGAGAGAACUUACUAGCCACAAAUGAAGUCAAACAGCACGCUAUCGUGACGAAGUACAUGAGAAAUCACAAGGGCGACAAACCUCUAGUACUUCAUUCAAUCGACAUUCAGAGUUCUAUUCUCAAAGUCGUCCUUGAGGAGGUCUUUGAAGGUUACAGCGGCAUCACAACUGGCCUAGACAAUCUCUCUUUCGCAGCUCCUUUUCAAGCAUUUUUUCGGCGACUCGAUCGUCUUGAAGAAGGUUCAAGGAACCGGGAUGACCCUAAAGCGCUUUAUCAAACAAAGCUAUUGUACGAGAUUAUCAACAACGAGCUCAAAGAGUCAGUCGAAAUAUUCAAGGAUCUCGUGGCUCACAAAGUAAUCACUUUCGAGUAUCUUUGGGCCCUCUUCACUCCAGGAGAGAUGAUCAGAACUGAGAAAGACCGCAUUUUUCUCCUCAACGAUGCAGACUAUGGCAAUUCCGGCGGCUUCACUCUUUGGGUAAGGUUCAUCGAUUGGGAUGGGACCCAAUUCGGCUAUGACAGAGCAACAAUCUCAAUCCCAAAGUUUGAUGGAACCAGGCCGAUUACUGAUUUAGAAGGGUAUCCAGCUUCGUUCGAUCCGGGAUUGGACGGGGUGAAGGCUACUCUGGUGAUGAAAGGGAAAAAGUUCGAAGAACUGCAGGGUUUUCACUACAUGGCCCAUAGAGGCAUGGUUGUCGAAGCCAAUGCUGGCGUCUGGUCUUUUGGCAGUGAAACUCGACAUGUCGAAGGUCGAAUAAUUGUGGAUGCUGGCUCGUAUUUCCGCUUCAAUCCGCAUGAAGUAAAAUCGCUGAAGUCUUUGGACGACCAAGGAAAACUACUCGAGAUACCGGGCAUGUUGAAAAAUACGGAUAUUCAUAAUUCGACUUUUACAUCUUCCUACGAUGCACAUUACGGAAGUUACAAUAGAACCCCUCGCGAAGUGACUAAGCCCUACCGCUACUCAGACGACCGUCCACUGACAGAUAAUGAGUUGAUCUUGUGCACGCAGUCGGUCAGAGGAUUUUCACUAAAGACGAAGCACUGGGCAUCCUUCGCAGUGGCAGAUAUUAGCAACAUCAAGUGGGACGAGAAUGCUUUUGAAAGUUUGGUCUUACCAUCGAACUACAAACAACUCAUCCUCUCUUUCGUGGAGGGACAACUCCACUACAAGGACGAUUUUGAUGACGUGAUCGAAGGAAAAGGACGAGGAAUUAUAAUCUUGUUAGCUGGUGUUCCAGGUGUUGGAAAGACAUUGACUGCUGAAUCAGUCGCCGAGACUUUGCGAGCCCCACUCUACUCCAUGACAGCCGGCGAACUAAGUCUAGACGCAACCAAUCUCGAGGAAUCUCUCACCAAGAUUCUAGAAAUAAGCACAAAAUGGAAUUCGGUGCUUCUGUUAGACGAGGCCGAUGUUUUUCUCGAACAACGAAGCAGUUCUCAUCUAGAGAGAAAUAAGCUUGUUUCAAUCUUCCUCCGAAUGUUGGAAUACUACAGAGGAAUUCUUUUCCUAACCACUAACCGCCUUUCUGCUUUUGAUUCUGCUUUCCAAUCUCGUAUCCACAUCACGAUCAACUAUCCCCCACUCUCCUCCUCUGCACGCUCUCAGAUCUGGCGCAACUUCCUGUUGUUAGCACCCAACAAGCCAAAACCCUCUGAGCCUUUGGCACCUGAUAUUUCAGUGUCCGAAUCUUCUGCUCCCCCCAAAGCAGCCGGCACGACGUCAGAUGUGCAAACCCUGGUACCUGAUUCGCACCACACUCGAGUGGAAACACAUGCUCCUCUUCUGACUUCCAUCUCAGAGGCUGAGAUCAUGAAACUGGCAGAGAUUGACCUGAACGGUCGCCAGAUUAAGAACGUUGUCAAGACCAGUAGGCUUCUCGCACGAAGAUUGGGGAAAAGCCUAGGUAUUGAGGAGGUGAACACUGUGUUGGAAGCUACGAGUCCUAAUUUGCUUUCGGAAAGUAUCAAGAAUGAAAUUUCUUGA